CAGUUUUAAUGUUCCUUGAUACUCUUGCAGAAACUACCAGCCAUACAACUAGAUCUUCCAACAACACUGUGAAACCAUCAACAACUCCAGUUUCUCUAGUCUCAAAGAAUGUGACAGUCACCGCCAUGACACCCACAGCAAAACUAUCUACAACUCCCGUUUCCUCGGUCUCAAAGAAUGUGACGGUCACUACCUUGAAAUCCACAGCAGCAUCUAAAAUGACACCACCAGGAGUCUUAACAAAUACAACUUCCAUCACGUCAAAGUCUACACCCAAGAUAACAAGUGCUUCACAAAACACAUCCCAGCUGACCACAACCCACAAUAGUUCAGUGACAUCUAUUUCUUCAUCAGUAACAAUCACAGCUACUAUUAAUUCUAAAGAAAAUAAAGGAUCGAAGUUUGACUCUGGCAGCUUUGUUGGUGGUAUUGUAUUAACACUGGGAAUUCUAUCUGUUCUUUAUAUUGGAUGCAAAAUGUAUUAUUCGAGAAGAGGCAUUCGGUAUAGAACCAUUGAUGAACAUGAUGCCAUCAUUUAAGGAACCCAUGGACCAGUGGAAAACGUGACUGAUGGGCCCUGUCAGUUAAUUUUGGCUGAUUAUUUAAAACAAUAUUCUGUUCUUGAAAAUAGUAUAAACAGGCAAUGCAUAUAAUAUACAGUGUAUUAUAUAAAUAUAUAAAGAUUUGUGAUGAUUACUAAAGGUAAAAAAAGUUUGGCUUGUGUUUUUAAAUGAACAUUCAGAGCAGUUACUGGAAGAGUUAUAUUCACUCUGAGGAAAUAUAUAUGACAAGUCCUGUCCCAUUUUUUUGUGGCAUUAGCUAUGGCUGGUAAUUGGGAGACCUCACCAUUGAAGGGCACACAAUGUCAUGUGGGCAUCCAAAUAAGGAGUUUCUCAGUGCAUUUAGGAGUUCUGAGUACCUUUGUUGUACAAAGAACUAAUGCCGUUCAGAGUUGGAUAUACCCUAAUUACUAGUACCACACAAGAGAAAUUAUACAAGUAAAUCAGCCUUAGGCAUCAAUAUUUUAUGUUUUCAAGCUGAAUACUUGGUUUAGGAUUCCCCCAGCUCCCCCACCCCCAAAUCAAAACCAGAAACAAUACCCUGGGCUUAGUCCUGUUAACCUGUUAUUUUUUAAGUUCUUUUGAGCUUUCAAUAGCAGUUGAUAAAACUUUUUUCUUCUGUGUAAUUUCAGUGAAUUGUGAUGUUUAACAUGAUAAAGACAUAGUUGUUGGUAGUAAAAACAGGUUAUUUGCUAUAUUGUCACCACUGGAAAUUGCUUUAUUUCAUAUUCAGCUACUAAUUUUAUACUUAGUAAAUAUUUUUAAGAGAUGUAGAUCUACAAAUGUUUAGUGUAAACACAUCUAACUUAAACUCUUAUGUGAUUUCCAAAACAUUUAGAACUAUACUUAGAACUGUAGGUUAAUGCAGUUUGUCAAGCCAGGGAUUGUGGGCUCCCCUCAGGCUACCAAACCUACAGGAUGAAAAUGCUGCAUUUUCACACACUGCUGAUUUUACUCAAGGAUUGGGGAAACACGAUUUUUAUACUAAGAUACCAGUGGUUUUUGGAAUAAAUUCAUAUCAAGUUUUCAAACAGUGGUUCUUCCCUGCAUCUUUAUGUGGGUAUUCUUCAGACCACUCCUCUUGUUCCCUUAUUGAAGAGACAUUAUGUUAACAGAUGGAAAAAUCACAGUAUUGUAGGGACACCAAUAUUAGCCAAAUUAUUUUGGACUGUGUUCUGUUUUACAGUUUAUAUUACAGCACUCAAAACUCAGGGUCAGGUUUUGACAAAAGUAUUUAGUCCUACUAAGUCACACCAAUUUUUGAUAAUCCAAAAAAGCUAAGAUGUCCUAAUAAAUAUGCACCUGUGUUUCAUAGAAAUUAAUGUAACUUGUAAUCAGCUUCUGGUUUUCAGAGCAUGCCAUGUCAGGAAUAUUGAUAUAAAAGGAUUUCUACUUACUCUGCAUUAUGGCCAGUUAAAGUGACAAAUGUGAAUAAGAAUUAUCCAAAAUAUGGUUGUAAGGUGUAAUGUGACACAUGCAGUGUGCAGGAA